UUCUUCUUUCUUCUUCAAUCAAUCAAUCUUCAUCAUCAUUGUUCUUCUUUUUCUUGCAACAAUGUGGAAUCUUGAUCAAGAUUGGUACUCUCCAAGAAGCCUCCUCAGCACUCCAACCUAUUAUGAUUUUCCGGGUGAUCGGUUCAUACCUAAUAGGAGUUUGAUGGAUCUUGAUCAAGCCAAAACUUUUCUCACUAACACUAAAAAGACCAAAAAAUGUCACAAUCAAAAUUUCAAUGAUGCGUAUAGACAGAAACUAUAUGAGAAACUGAAUUUGGAUUCAGAAGGGAAACCGUUUCGGAUGUUAGUUUUCAGGGGAAGUCCAAAAUCAAGUAAAAAAUCAAUUCGUCAUGUUGAUCAGUUGCAAGAAGAAGAUGCUGCAGCACUUCGAAACAGUGGCAAUCAAUGCAUCCCUCGAAGAUAUCCUAAGAAAGAAUCAAAGGUACUGGAUGCACCAAACAUAAGAGAUGAUUACUAUACAAGCACAUUUGAUUGGGGGAAAAACAACAUGCUAGCUGUUGGUUUGGGAACAGAAAUAUACGUUUGGAACUCAGUUACUUCUGGUGUAUCGAGAUGGUGUGAAGCCGCUGGAAAUAAUUAUCCAACAAGUCUUUCAUGGUCAGAGGAUUCUAAAUAUCUGGCAACAGGAUUUGCGGAUUCUCAACUUCAUCUCUUUGAUGCCGAGACUUCUAAGCCAGUAAGAAAUCUUGAAGGUCAUAGUAAACGGAUUGCGACUGUAACAUGGAAUAAUCGUAUUUUAACCUCCGGAAGUCGUGACAAUUCGAUAAUCAACCAUGAUGUUAGAGCAAAAAAAAGUGAGGUUUUGUGGGUGAAAGCACAUACAUCAGAAGUUUGCGGUUUAAAAUGGUCAAAGAGGGGAAACUUAUUGGCAAGUGGUGGCAAUGACAAUCGUAUUUAUGUAUGGGACUCGAGUAGAAUGAACUCGUCAAAUUUCUUGCAUUGUUUUAAAGACCACAAAGCUUCAGUCAAAGCUCUUGCUUGGUGCCCUUAUGAUUCAGCUGUACUUGCUUCUGGAGGUGGCACAAACGAUCGAUGUAUUAAGUUGUGGAACGCACAAAAGGGAACCAACAUUUGCAGCAUAAAUACCAAAGCUCAGGUUUGUGGAUUACAAUGGAAUAAACAUCACAAGGAGUUAUUAAGUGGCCAUGGCUAUAGUACAAGUGCAGAAUCCAACCAAUUGUGUUUGUGGCAAUAUCCAUCUAUGACUAAAGUUGCAGGCAUGGAUCCUCAUUCUUCGAGAUUCCAUAAUUUACCUCAUGGCUUGGAUCCUCAUUUUUCGAGAGUCCUUCAUUUAUCUCAGAGUCCAGAUGGGUUAACAGUGGCUUCGGCUGGAGGAGAUGAGACUAUUCGCUUUUGGGAAUUGUUUGGACCACCUGUUACUGAUAAAAGAAAGGAAUCAGUUCUGGAUAACCUAUUGUCGAUGAAAACAAUGCAAAUAAGAUGAUAGGAUACAUAACACUUUUGUUGUAUUAGUGUAGCAUUCUUUUGUGCAGAUAUAGUUAAUUUUGUUACA